UCCGCGAAGGAUGAGGUGAAGGAAGAGAAAAUCAGCUUAGACGAGGAGUUGAAGUGGGCGAUUAAUUGAAAGGUGACGGAUCACUCUCUAGUCUCCAACACACUUGCCCAGCCCGCCAAGGAAAACUUGUCCAAUUUCUGUGCCCUUGCUCGCCCUCACAACAACCUCUCUCAGUCUCUCUCUCUCUCCACAAAUCUAUGAUUUGCUUUGGAAAUAGAGCAGCAUCAGGAGGGAAAUGAUCAACACCAACUCAUCCUCAUCAUCAGCGAAGCCACCACCUCAUCCACCGCCGCCGCCGCCUCCUCCUCCUCCUCCCCCUGCUCACCCGCCUCAAUCGAUGGCCACCUCGUCGUGUACUGCGACCUCGACAUCAACGACACAGCCUACGUCCGAUGGCUCUGGCAAGAAGGUGAGGAAGCCCUAUACCAUCACCAAGUCUCGAGAGAGCUGGACCGAAGAAGAGCACGACAAGUUCCUCGAAGCUCUUCAGCUGUUUGAUCGUGACUGGAAAAAGAUAGAAGAUUUUGUGGGUUCGAAGACAGUGAUCCAGAUUCGGAGUCAUGCACAGAAGUACUUUUUGAAGGUGCAAAAGAAUGGAACAAUUGCACAUGUGCCUCCUCCUCGCCCUAAGCGCAAAGCUGCUCAUCCUUAUCCCCAGAAGGCAUCCAAAAAUGCCAACAUGUCGUAUCUUGAUGUUGCAGUUUUAGUGCCACUCACAGCAUCUAUGGCAUACCCUUCUUCAAUAAAUGCCCUUGCAACUGGAUAUGCUCCAUGGGAUGAUGCUUCCAUGCUAAUAAAUACUACAAUGAGCAAACUCAUGCCAUCACAAGAUGAAUUUAGCAGUCUUCAUGGAGCUGAAGCUGAUAUUGGAUCAAAGGGGAUAGCAAGGAUCAGUAACAAUAACGUUAGUGGCCUGGGGACCUCAGGUAGAACACUGCCAAGUUCUGAUAUACCAAAACAAGGGAAACAGGCUCCUGUGCUUCAUGGUUUACCAGAUUUUGCUGAAGUAUAUAGUUUCAUUGGAAGUGUUUUUGAUCCAGACACCAAAGGUCAUGUGAAAAAGCUUAAAGAAAUGGACCCUAUAAAUUUUGAAACUGUUUUGUUAUUGAUGAGGAACCUCACUGUAAAUUUGUCUAGCCCUGAUUUUGAGCCAAUUCGAAAUGUCUUGUCAUCCUAUGACAUAAAUACCAAAACAGUGGGAGUCACUGCCAAGAACCAAACCAGCGAUAUAUCAUGUUGAAUUUUUUGCUACUCUCAACUUGCUGACUAGUGAUGUGUAGCUAGAAUUUCUUUCUGCUUCAGUGGAACAAUUAGUAGCUCCUAGCAGUUUUUGCAGUGCAUGCUCAGAAAUUCAGUAAGAGGCAACUCAUAGCAGCCACAGCCAAGACGUAUCUAAUGGUGGAAGAUGUUUUAUAUUAAUUUCUAAGAUCCACAAAUAUAUGGAUCUUAAUUUCCACCAGCACCAGUAGGAAUGGCUUAUCUUCUUCUGUACAUGUUAGGCCUUUCAACCAAAAGUGUGUAUAUCUUGCGAGGUUUGCUUGAUGUUUAUUUAACCAUUCGUUGAUAUAGUUGAAUUUCCAAGUCAUGGUGCACUUUUUGCCAAGGUAGUGUAACUAGAGUUUGAACACAUUAAAAUAAGAUUGCCUUCAGAAUUGACAAUGUGUUAAUUUUGUGUACCGGAACUCCCUAUUCUUAUUGUCAAUAUAAGGUGUUGCCUUUUCUUACUGGUUGAUCCAA